UUAGUUUUAGAAACGAACCGGCACGCGUUUCUCCUCUCUGGCGUAUUGUUCCAUAGUGAGUGAGUGAGUGAGUGAGAGAGAGAGAGAGUAGAAUACUCUCAAAGGUCUCUCCUUUUCGAUCUUUCUCUCCCGACCGUGAAAUCGCAGACUUUUGGUAUAAUGGCUGCUGCUACAGCUACUGCUUCGACGAUUCGUUACGCGCCUGAGGAUCCUAACCUCCCUAAGCCGUGGAAAGGUCUUGUGGAUAGCAGAACCGGGUACUUGUACUUUUGGAAUCCGGAGACUAACGUUACUCAGUACGAGAGACCUCCUGGUUUAGCUCCUCCCAAACCUUCUCCUGCUCCUGUAAGCUCUUCGGUUCAGGCUCAGCAGCAACCUUCUUCUGGGUUCAGUUCUGGGAAGGAAGAGGAUAAGUAUGACAAUGAUGGGCCUAAGACUGACUCUGGAUCAAGGUUUAGUGAGGCAAGCAGAAGUGGACCUAUGAAUUCAAGUAAUGCUGCCAGUGGACUAGGGAAUGCUUCGUCUGGUGCCGUAGUACCUCCUCCUUCCGCUGCAGGGAUUGAAAAAAUGUCUCCAGAGGCCUAUUGCCGCCGCCAUGAAAUUACUGUCACUGGAGGUCAAGUUCCACCACCUUUGAUGUCUUUUGAAGCCACUGGUUUCCCUCCAGAGCUUCUGCGGGAGUUAUACGGUGCAGGGUUCUCUGCUCCAAGUCCAAUCCAAGCUCAGUCAUGGCCAGUUGCGAUGCAGAACAGAGACAUUGUAGCCGUUGCUAAAACUGGCUCUGGAAAAACUCUCGGUUACUUGAUUCCAGGCUUCAUGCAUCUCCAGCGUGUCCGCAAUGACUCACGAAUGGGCCCAACGAUCUUGGUGCUGUCACCUACUAGGGAGCUAGCCACACAGAUCCAAGCUGAAGCUUUGAAAUUUGGAAAGUCAUCAAGAAUCUCCUGUGCCUGUUUGUAUGGUGGAGCACCAAAGGGUCCUCAGCUGAAGGAAAUAGAGAGAGGUGUCGAUAUCGUCAUUGCAACCCCCGGGAGAUUGAACGAUAUCCUUGAGAUGAAGAGGAUCAGUCUUCACCAAGUGUCUUACCUUGUGCUGGACGAGGCUGAUAGAAUGCUGGACAUGGGGUUCGAGCCUCAGAUCAGGAAGAUUGUGAACGAGGUCCCCACUAAGCGUCAGACUCUCAUGUACACAGCGACAUGGCCUAAAGAGGUCAGGAAAAUCGCGUCUGAUCUGCUUUCUAGCCCUGCGCAAGUCAACAUCGGUAACGUCGAUGAGCUCGUCGCCAACAAGUCUAUCACACAGACUAUUGAAGUGAUACCACCGAUGGAGAAACAAAGAAGGUUGGAGCAGAUACUGCGGUCUCAGGAGCCAGGCUCCAAGAUUAUAAUCUUCUGUUCCACCAAGAGGAUGUGUGAUACUCUCGCGAGGAACUUGACGCGGACGUUUGGAGCUAACGCUAUACAUGGAGACAAGUCUCAGCAAGAGAGAGAUGAUGUGCUGAAUCAGUUUAGGAGCGGGAGGACUCCUGUUCUCGUUGCAACCGAUGUAGCUGCUCGUGGACUUGAUGUUAAAGACAUCAGGGUGGUGGUGAACUAUGAUUUCCCAAAUGGAGUGGAGGACUAUGUUCAUAGGAUCGGAAGAACGGGAAGAGCUGGAGCGACCGGUUUGGCUUACACUUUCUUCGGGGACCAAGAUGCAAAACAUGCUUCGGAUCUGAUCAAGAUCUUGGAAGGAGCUAGCCAGAAAGUCCCUCAGGAGGUCCGUGAGUUGGCUACUCGCGGUGGUGGAAUGAACAAGUUCCGCCGCUGGGGUACACCUUCUGGUGGUGGUGGCGGCUAUGGUGAUUCUGGUUAUGGUGGUCGUGGUGGUGGCCGUGGUGAUUCUGGUUAUGGAGGUCGGGGUGGUUCUGGUUAUGGAGGUCGAGGUGAUUCUGGUUAUGGUGGUCGAGGUGAUUCUGGUUAUGGAGGUCGUGGUGGUUCAGGUUAUGGUGGACGUGGAGGUGGUGAUGCAGGCGGGAGAGGAAGCUGGUCGGACAGUGGUCGUGGUGGCUCGGGAUGGGGAAGAGAGAGAAGCCGUAGUCCUGAGAGAUUCAACAGAGCUGCUGCCGCUGGACCGUCGACUUCCUCACCGCCUCGCAGCUUUCACGAGGCUAUGAUGAUGAGACAGAAGUAACUUGUUGGGGGUUUUUACCAGAUAAGGGGAUAGAUAAUAUUUAGUUAUAUGAAAGUGUGCCCCUUACGGUUAAUUAUUCAUUUUGUGAACUCUCUGUGUGGUGUAAAUUCGCUAUAACUUUUAACACCACACACCAGUACAAGAUACUUCUAAUGUUUUGUUUUUGUCGUGUUCUACGGAGAUACCUUUUGUGUUUAUAUUAUUAAGACAAAAAACUCGUUUAUGGGCUCUUGGUCUUGGCUGCUGGUGUUAU